CAGGAAAUCCGUCUAGAGGUUUAAAGAUUAGUGUUUAAUCUGAGGCGCUGGGAACGGGAGCGUGAUUGGAAGUUACUGCUAGCCUUAUGGUUAGCUCGAGUGGGCGGGUAAAUCUCACCAUCGCUAGUUGUCACACGACAGGACAUAUGUUUAUUAAAACUAACCGGAGGUCUAAUGGACGUUAUUAUUAUUUUUGCCUCUCUUAUGAGUGUGAUGCUGGACUGACGAGUUGACAUUCUGACUCUGAAAAGUGGGAAAUCGGAUUAUCGUUCAAGAUACGCACCAAACCCCAAUCAUCUUGUGUCGCUGGCUCUCGUUGGUAAGAGUCGAAGAGAGGAAGCCUUAUAGCUAGACUGGUCAAUGUCAGCUGGGAAAGACCAAGAACGGACUCGAUUGUAGCGGCUGAUCGGCAAGGAUCGGUGAUUGUAUUUCUGCUCGAGGAGGAACGCACAAGGAUUUGUGUCUGCUGGUCAUGGGCAGAUCGUCAUGUUAUAAUGCUGCCCUGUGACCCGUGCACACAACUGUUGUUUAGUGUUGACUAAAUUACCUACGUUAAAGAAUUAAAGCCGAAUUUCUCGGACCACACAGAGUAGCUGGCCACUUUGCGACCCCUUGUUUGGACUCCUCGUUUACCGGCUAAUAAAUCCUGACCGAACUGUCAGAAGAUGUCGACUAAAGAACCAAACGAAAAGCUGUCGACCACUGAGCGAAUCGUUAAAACGGUGCCACUGCCCCCCCACCAACGGUUGACAAUAAAGGACCUGUUUGUUGAUGGCAAGCCCAGUGCUGAAAUCCUGAAAAACCAUUUGAUUAAAGAGGGUCGUGUGGAGGAGGAAGUAGCCCUGCGCAUCAUAAACGACGGCGCAAACAUCCUGAGACAGGAGAAGUGCAUGGUGGAGGUGGAGGCACCAAUCACAGUGUGUGGCGAUGUUCACGGGCAGUUUUUUGACCUCAUGAAACUCUUUGAAGUCGGUGGCUCCCCUGACAACACACGGUAUCUCUUCCUGGGCGAUUAUGUUGACAGAGGGUACUUCAGUAUUGAGUGUGUGCUGUUCCUGUGGACACUGAAGAUCAACCACCCCAACACUCUCUUCCUCCUCAGAGGCAACCACGAGUGUCGGCACCUAACAGAAUACUUCACCUUCAAGCAGGAAUGUAAAAUAAAGUAUUCCGAGAGAAUUUAUGAUGCAUGCAUGGAGGCCUUUGACUGCUUGCCCCUUGCAGCUCUUCUGAACCAGCAGUUCCUCUGUGUCCACGGAGGUCUCUCACCAGAAAUCAACUGCUUAGAUGACAUCAGAAAACUAGAUAGGUUUAAGGAGCCCCCGGCGUUUGGGCCUAUGUGUGAUUUGAUCUGGGCUGACCCGGGGGAAGACUACGGCAGUGAAAAGACAGUAGAGCACUUUAACCACAACUCAGUCAGAGGCUGCUCCUAUUUCUUCAGUUAUGCAGCAGUCUGUGACUUUUUGACAAACAAUAACUUGUUGUCAGUGAUUAGAGCACAUGAAGCACAAGAUGCGGGGUACAGAAUGUACAGAAAAAGUCAGACAACAGGCUUCCCUUCAUUAAUUACCAUUUUCUCCGCACCCAAUUAUCUAGAUGUCUAUAACAACAAAGCGGCGGUACUGAAAUAUGAAAACAACGUUAUGAACAUUAGACAGUUCAACUGCUCUCCUCACCCAUACUGGUUACCCAACUUUAUGGACGUGUUUACAUGGUCUCUGCCCUUCGUGGGAGAGAAAGUGACAGAGAUGUUGGUAAAUGUGCUAAACAUCUGCUCUGAUGAUGAACUCAUGUCAGAAGGAGAUGACUUGUGUGAAGGUGGAGUUCCAGCUGUCCGUAAGGAGGUGAUUAGAAAUAAGAUUCGUGCCAUAGGGAAAAUGGCCAGAGUUUUCUCUGUGCUCAGGGAAGAGAGCGAGAGCGUGCUGACCCUCAAAGGGCUCACCCCAACUGGAACGCUACCACUAGGAGUAUUAUCUGGAGGCAAGCAGACUUUACAGAAUGCCGCCAUAGAAGCAAAGGAGGGUCAAGCCAUCCAAGGCUUUUCUCCUACACGGAAGAUCCGCAACUUCGAAGAAGCCCGUGGUUUGGACCGCGUAAAUGAAAGGAUGCCUCCUCGGAAGGACGGCCAGCAACCAGACGGUACCGCAGUCAACGCCGUCAACGAGAAAAACGGUACAGAUGGGAACGCGUAAGGGGAGAUUUUGCACUUUUCCUCUCCUCCAUAGCAUUUUCUCUUUCUCUGCCACGUUUUCCAUGAGAGUCUCCUCAACUGCCCGAUCCUGCGGAUGAGGUCCUGGGAUAUGGAGAGGAAUCAUUCCACUAAGAGAGAAAGAGACAAUUAAUUCACAACUAGCUACAAACAUGAGAUUUUAUUUAUUACAUGACAUGUAUUAAAUGUAUUUGAUAGCAACAUGUUAAAGACGAACAUUCGAAAGUGUGCAAAACAAAUCACAAUGUGUCAACUUUUAAACUGCAAUGACAGUUUUGUAACUUGAGGUAAGAUGUAGGGGUUUCAGAUGCUGAUCAGAUCUAGUUAAUUCCAUUUUUCUAAUAUUGUAUGUCAAUGUGUAUUUGGAAAGGGAUUGUUUGACUAAAUAUACUGUACUGACUUGUGUCAUUAAAUAAGGCUGUAAGGGAUUUAGAAGAAAACAAAGCGAAGAGAAAACAGUUCAUUUAAAAUGUUUUUAUAUAUAUAAAGUAAAACUAAACAUUUUCAUUAUAUUUCCUUAUCUCUUCAAUUUUGUCUAAGAUUCAGAGAUGAAACUAUAAGCUGAUUUGGGUUUAAUGUGUUUGUUUCUACCGUAAAAACUAGCAUUUGUAUUUGUAUUCGUAAAACAGCACUUGGUUUUUACCUGGUGACUUAACACAUGAAAGUAGCCAUGACAGCACUUCUACAUAGAAUUUGUGUGUUUUUAUGCUUGUGAAAACUUAAAAUAAGACAGAUGAAAGCCCUAUCAAAAUGCAUUCAACUUCUGAAAACCAGGCAAGUUAUUUUGGGUAUCUUUGAAGCAAUCACUUGACAGAUUUCUAGAGAAGCCAAGAUCCUUAUUUUCUGCCACACCUGUUUUUGCUGUAUUUAGUGAAAAGAUGAUAAAUGAGUUCUUACAUUCAUUCAACAAAAAGUCGUAUUUGUUACUAGGCUAUACAAGAAGAGCUAUUAGCAUGUUUAUGAAAUUGUUUGAUCAACUUGAUCAGAAGCCAAAGUCUAAUGGGCCAUUCACACGUUACGCGGACCUUUAAGCCGAUGUGGCUGCUACUGGCAUUCACAAAAAGAUGAAAUAUUUGUAUCUUCAGCUGCACCUGCAGCAAAUAGCCGUGCCCGUGGAAGUUGUAGGAUUUCGGAUGCCCGCGUUUUGCCGCUUAGGUUUCCCUUUGAAAUUAAACUGGACAAACGCGACGGACGCGUACCGUGUGAAUCCACCAUAAUGCAUCACCGAACGGAGAUGUUGCGAACGGGGAAGUCCCACUGUCCCUGUAUACGUAUUUCAUGGAGAGCACGGAGUUAACUGCCAUUGGUUGAUCACACAGACCAUUAUUUUGUACUGUAUCUGGUUUGUGCUUGAGACAUUAACAAAGCAUGUUGAACAUAAUAUAUGUUAAACGAAGUGGUUUCAGUUGUAACACUAUGUGAGGUAUUGAGGUGCAGUUUUUUGGGGGGCGUCUGGGUUUACGAUUUACAAAAGGUUGUGUUAUGCCGCCACCUUAUGUUGAGUUGAAGAACAGCUUUUUGCUUCUUUGAAGAAAGUAGGAACGAAUAUCAUAAAGCAUCACAUGCAAUGUCUAUUAAUUUGAGCUAACAAUAGUCUGAGAACUGUGGGUUUGUCUGAUUUUAAAGCAGAUCAUGAUUUGCCAGGUUGUUGAAUGUCUAAUUUUGUAUGCACACAAGCAUGCACCCAAUUUGCAGGGUCAUCCCCAUGCCUGGAUUUUGCCGGAGUGGUUUUAAAUGUCAGGUGUAGAAUUUUAGACAACAUUUUUAGAUGUUUAAUGACUUUUUGUGGGUUAUUUGGAACAGAAAUGAAUUUAAACGGAUUUAAAAUUGUGAUUUUUCAUUUCAUGAAAGGCAAAUUCAAAUCCAGUAAUGUGACCAAUUUGUGAAUGCUCAUUUCCAGUCGCAUCUUUAGAUGUUUGUUCUACUCGCAGCUUUGAACAGAGUGAAACAAAGAUGUGAUUACAGUCCAGACCACCAUUCCUGAAGUUUGUGUGCAUUUUGCAAGAUCAAAUUGAUGCAGUAUGUCUAAGGACUCUAAAGAGAACAUUUGUGUACACUAUAAAUGCCAGUCAUCUAGAUGUCACAAAUGAUGUUACAUUUAUUUGCAUGUAUUCCAACUGGAAGUCAAAUAAAAUGUGGUGUACUGAGAUUAUUCGGCUGAUCAGAGGUCGUACAGUUUUUUUCUAAUGGUGUAAGAGAUUAUGUGGUCUAUGGACAUUUUCAAAAUUCCUUUAUGUUCUGGUCAUAAUAUUUUUGUUGCUUUCUGCUCUGUUUUCUCUUUCUAAAAUGAAGAGUCUUAGGGCCUUGACGGGCUCCAAGGCUCAGUUGCUUUGUAAGAAUGUAUAGAAAUUCAUGCACAAUCAUGUAAUAAUGAAAAAUAAAAUAUUGGGAUUUAA